AUGAUGAAGAGGUCUAUCCGUAUCCACUCCGAGAAGACGGGGAACAAGGCGAUUCUGAAUAUCAUUCCCCUCCUAGUCGGGAAUGUUGGGCUGAUAUUCACCCGGGGUGAUGUGAAGAAAGUCAGUGAGGAAGUUGCUAAGUACAAGGUCGGAGCACUAGCUCGUGUCGGUUUGGUUGCUCCAAUUGAUGUCGUCGUGCCGCCUGGCAACACGUGGAACGAAUACAAGGGUGCAGUCGAAAUCAUAACCCCAGUCGAGCUCAUCAAGAAGGGCGAAAAACUGGGCUCCUCUGAAGCUGCCCUCCAUGCCAAGCUUGGUAUCAGGCCCUUCUCUUACGGGCUUGUUGUCAUCUCUGUUUAUGACAAUGGGUCUGUGUUCAGCCCAGAGGUGCUCGACUUGACUGAAGAUGACCUUAUUGAGAAAUUUGCUUCGGCUGUCUCAAUGGUCACCUCACUUUCACUCGCCAUCUCGUAUCCGACACUUGCUGCAGCUCCUCACAUGUUUAUCAAUUCUUACAAGAAUGUGUUGGCUUUUGCUGUGGCCACCGAUUAUUCUUUCCCUCAGGCUGAGAAAGUCAAAGAAUAUUUUGCAGAUCCGAGCAAGUUUGUUGUGGUAUCGACAACUGUUGUGUCGGCUGACAGUGGAGCUGCCUUUGCUGGUGGUGGUGCCACCAAGGAGGAGGAGAAGAAAGAUGAGCCUGCAGAGGAGUCUGAUGAUGAUAUGGGUUUUGCCUUUUGGAUUAAUGAAGUGUUUGUUUUAUUCGGUUGCAGUUGA